UUUCAUAUUUCGAGCCGACCAUCUGACGAACACUUCCGAGGGAUCCUAUUUCCUGUGGAUGACAAGAAGCCGAGACUCAUCUGGCUUCAUUGCAAGUGGCGCGUCGAUAAUGAUGACCACAGCCGGUAUCAGUAUCCCGAAACUGCCUCAUUGCUAGGCGCCGAUUAUAUUAGGACCCCCAAAUUAGUCCAGUACAAUCCAGUGCUGAAGAGGCAACUGUCAGAUACAAUGCGCAUCUACCAUCGUGACACUUUCCUUAUCGAUGGAUCGAAAUCCAACAACAGCAUUGCAGCUAUUACCGCUACCAAACCGGGGCUAUACCAUGAC